AUGGUGAUGCAUCCUGUGAUAUAUGCAAAAGGAGACUCAAUGAUCCCACUCAAUAUCGCUAUUGCUCUGUCGCUUGUAAGGUGGAGGCACUUUCGAGUGAUGCAGAAGAGGAAGGCAAAGAAGUUGGUGAGCCAGGGAAGCGAAAGCACAGAAGGAAGGGAGUACCUCAGAGGCUGCUUUGUUCUAGAACUCAAAUGUGCUUAUUCAUCAUUUUAUGUUCUAAAGCUUGGAACUAGAAGCAUUGCAUUUUCAUGCCUCUGA